CGUGCGCGUGGUUUGGUGACGCCACAAAAUCCAUGACGUGCAGGAGCAAGAACGCAACACUGGGUGGCCCAGCCAGCAACCGUUGCAGCCAGGCAGACAGCCUGAGGAUAAGGCGGUGCCACCACCGCUCUCAGCAUCUAUUACCUUCCCCACUUAAAUCACUGAUUUCGUCUCGUCGCUGACUGUUGGACCACCGCAUCUUUUGACAUCCGGAUAUGGGGGACGACGACAAAGUACGACGUCGCAAACGGGUGCGUUCUAGCGUCACCAGCUCGGACGGCACAACGACAAUAGGUUCAAAUCAUGUGGAGUUUUUUGACCUGGAGAUGUAUCAGUCACGUCCAUCCAUGUGUGAUGUGCUGGAGCAAGAUGUUACAGACGACACCUUUCAGGCAGAAGUGGUGCGGAAAACUCAAACACACAUGGUUGGGCGACAGGAAGCAGAGAUGGAGGUCAUCAUCGACAGACUGGUAGAGAACAAAGGCAACAGGGACAAGGCCCUGCUGUACGUCGUCUCGCAGAUCACCACAGAGUCAAAGGUGCAAGUGAUGGUGAACACCCUGCUACACCGCGGCGCCAACCCGUCCUUCGCUGACGACGACAGGCAGACGCCGCUGCACCACGCCACGCGCCGCGGCUUCAAAGGCGUUGUCAGCAAACUGCUGGAGAGCGAUGCCCUGCCGCACGCCCGCGAUCGCCAGAACCGCAUGCCCAUCCACAUCGCCAUCCAGAACAACGCCGACGACAUAGCUGCCCUUCUGCUGGCCUUCAUGCCCAACGCCUCGGUGCGGCCAUUGUUCAUCACCUUCGGGAACAAGACGGCAGAACUCAGCUUGCACGAUCUCAUCAAUAAAGAUAUGCAGCAAACAGUUCUUGCCGUGCUGGACUGUAUGGUGGACGCCAUUGGUCAGAGCGGUCACGUGAGAGUUCAUUACCAUGUGUUGGAAGCAGAUGAAAUGGGUAGACCACCCAACCACCCGGAUUUUGAUUCAACAUCUAAAUCGUGCCUCCACCUCAUAUCAAAGGGAGGGUAUAAGAACAUUGUGUACCAUGAUGUUGUCAGACUGUUGAUACGAAGAAAGUGGAAGGAGUUCGCACGCUUCAGGUUUCAACUGAACUCCUUCCUGUUUCUGCUCACGCAGCUGUCCCUGUGCUUCUGUGCCGUGGUGGCCACCAUGACCUCCGACCCUACCGUCUACAACAGUCCGCUACACACUGCACGUGCAGUCAUGGAAGUAUGGUCUGUUGUUGCGAUCUUGCUGACCUUUCUUCUUGAACUCAACCAGAUGAGAAAGCACCGCCUGGACUACUGGACAGACCAGUUCAACUGGAUCGACGUAUUGUCGUCGGCGCUGCUGCUGACGGUGGUGGUCUUGCGUUGGACGCAGUCGCAGGAACAGUGGCCGGUGUUCAGUGUGGGCUUUCUGCUGUGGACACUUCGCGUCUUCAAAUACGCCGCUGUCUUCAGGCAAACAGGAGCCUACUCUCAGAUUUUGUGGCGGAUUGUUGCCCACGACUUCCCCCAGUUUAUCGUCGUGUUCUCCGUCAUACUAGUCGCCUUCAGCGGCUCCUUUGUCUUGUCACUUCGCGGCGAGGACUCUCUCUCCGUGCAUAACGAGACCAGAAACUUCUGGAAUACCCUCUUCACCGGCGUGCGCAUUCUGAUUGAGGGUAACCCUGUGGUGGAGUACACGGGGCCUGACGGCUAUCAGCCACUGAGCUGCAUCCUGAUGGUGGUGUUUCUGUUCACGUGCUGCGUGGUGCUGCUCAACAUCCUGAUCGCUCAGCUCAGCGACACCUACCAGAACGUACAGCGGGACGCUCCGGGCCUGGAGCUCAACAGGGCGUGGAUCAUCGCCAGAGUCGAGCUCAACAGUCUCUUCAUUGGCAAGAGCUACCGCCAGUCACGCUACCGAGAGGUGGAGGAGAUGAGGAACCCCCUGGAGGUGCUGGGCAAGUGGGAGACCCCUCCACUCAACGAGAUGAACAAGCACGUGCGUGACAUCUGGGACAGCCUCGAGUCGCACAAGUUCCACUUGCUGACGAUCAAGAACCGCCUGUCCCGCCAGGAAUACUCCGUCACCAGGAUCCAAGCACAGCUUGACCGAAUUCUGGAACUGAUGCAAAGCACAUCCCCUGGGACCUCGCUACCAGAGCAACAAGUAGCAGCAGACCAUGCGAGGACUUUGACGCCUGUGAACGUGGAAUGAGUGAAGACUAACUUCGGUGUAAACAGACUAAAUAAACGCUAUUUUCUUUAA